AUGUUAAGGCAAGUUAACCAAGAGGAGAAGAUAGUUCAGCCGCAUAAAGAAAUAACUGAGGUUGUUAACUUGGGAACUGAAGAUCAGAAAAAGGAGGUUAGGAUUGGUGCAGCUUUUGAAGGAGGAGAUAGAAAAAGAUUGAUAGGUUUGCUACAUGAAUAUCAGGACGUUUUUGCAUGGUCAUAUCAAGAUAUGCCAGGACUUGAUACCAACAUAGUGGUCCAUAAAUUGCCAUUAAAACCAGAUUGUCUGCCAGUGAAGCAAAAGUUGAGAAGAUUGAAGCCGGAAAUGCUUUUGAAGAUUAGAGAUGAAGUAAAAAAGCAAUUUGAUGCAGGAUUCCUUGCUGUAGCAAAAUACCCUGAUUGGGUUGCAAAUAUCGUACCAGUCCCGAAGAAAGACGGUAAGGUUCGGAUGUGCGUGGAUUACAGGGAUCUUAAUCGGGCGAGCCCGAAAGAUGACUUUCCUUUACCCCAAAUUGACAUAUUAGUAGACAAUACUGCUAAACAUUUUGCGUUCUCCUUCAUGGAUGGAUUCUCAGGAUAUAACCAGAUUAAGAUGGCACCGGAAGAUCAGGAGAAAACUACUUUCAUCACUUUAUGGGGUACCUUUUGUUACAAAGUCAUGCCAUUUGGUCUCAAAAAUGCGGGAGCUACUUAUCAGCGAGCCAUGGUUACUCUGUUUCAUGAUAUGAUGCAUAAAGAGAUUGAGGUGUAUGUGGAUGACAUGAUUGCUAAGUCAAAGGAGGAUGAAGAUCACGUGAUUAACCUGGAGAAGUUGUUCAAGAGGUUGAGAAGGCACCAAUUGAAGUUGAAUCCCUCGAAAUGCACAUUUGGGGCAACCUCAGGGAAGUUGUUGGGUUUUAUUGUCAGUAGGAGAGGUAUUGAAGUAGACCCGGAUAAAGUGAAGGCGAUUAUAGAGAUGCCGGCCCCUCGCACCGAGAAAGAAGUCAGAGGUUUCUUAGGGAAACUCAAUUACAUUGCAAGGUUCAUUUCACAGUUGACAACUACGUGUGAGCCAAUUUUUAAGUUACUUCGGAAGAAUAACCCAUCAGAAUGGAAUGAUGAAUGUCAAAGUGCCUUUGAGAGAAUUAAACAGUAUUUACAAAAUCCACCGGUCUUGAUGCCUCCGAUUGCUGGGAGCCCGCUUAUUCUCUACUUGACUGUGUCGGACAAUUCGAUGGGGUGUAUGUUAGGGCAACAUGAUUCAUCCGGGAGGAUAGAGCAUGCAAUCUACUACUUGAGCAAGAAAUUCACUAGUUGUGAGGCAAACUACUCCAUGUUGGAGAAAACUUGUUGUUCAUUGGCAUGGGCUGCGCAUAGGCUCAGGCAAUAUAUGCUUUAUCACACUACUUGGUUGAUCUCGAGGAUGGAUCCGAUCAAGUAUAUUUUUGAAAAACCAUCUCUUUCGGGGAGGAUCGCAAAAUGGCAGAUGUUGUUGUCAGAAUACGAUAUUUUGUAUGUUGCUCAGAAGGCAGUGAAGGGAAGUGCAAUAGCAGAUUACUUAGCAGAACAGGCGAUUGAUGACUCUCAGCCUAUGAAUCCAGGGUUCCCAGAUGGAGAAAUCUUGUCCUUAGAAAUGGAGAGCCGGAAAGAUAUGGACGGAUGGGUUAUGUUGUUUGAUGGCGCUUCUAAUAUCGUUGGUAAUGGGAUUGGGGCUGUGCUUAUUUCUCCAGAGGGAAAAGUUACCCCGUUUACUGCUAAGCUUUAUUUCAACUGUACCAAUAAUGUGUCUGAGUAUGAGGCCUGUGCCAUGGGAAUUCAAGCUGCUAUUGAUGUUGGGAUUAAAAAGCUUCAGGUUUAUGGUGACUCUCAAUUGGUGAUCAGGCAAUUGUGUGACGAAUGGGAAACCAGGGAUGCCAAGUUAGUCCCGUAUUAUCAACACAUCAAAAAGUUAAUCAAAUUUUUUGACUGUGUGGAAUUUGAUCAUAUUCCAAGAGAAGAAAACCAGAUGGCAGAUGCUUUGGCCACUUUGGCAGCCAUGUUUGGUUUGGACCCUCGAGGAGAAGUGGAGGUUAUCAAGAUUGAGAAACGUGAAAUUCAGGCACAUUGUUUGAAUAUAGUAGCAGAACCUAAUGAGGCCUCAGAUAAUGACAAACGCACCAUCCGAAGACUCUCAAGCUCUUUUUUCUUGGAUAAAAAUGUAUUGUAUAAGAGAAGCUCGGGAUUUGUGCUUCUUCGAUGCGUGGAUAUUGAUGAAGCCAAGCAGAUUAUGGAAGAGAUUCAUGAAGGAAUAUGUGGUACUCAUUCGAGUGGAUAUUCAAUGGCAAGGAAGAUAUUGCGAGCCGGUUACUAUUGGCUUACCAUGGAAAGAGAUUGUAUUAGAUAUGCGAUCAGAUGCCAUAAGUGCCAGAUUUAUGCUGAUAAAACUCAUGUCCCAGUGAACCCUCUGCGGGUAUUAGCAGCACCUUGGCCUUUUUCAAUGUGGGGUAUCGAUGUUAUUGGCCCUAUCGAGCCCAAAGCUUCCAACGGACAUCGUUUCAUCCUGGUUGCAAUUGAUUAUUUUACAAAGUGGGUGGAAGCAAAUUCUUAUGCUAAAGUGACAAGUAACGUUAUCGCCCGAUUCUUGAGAAAAGAUAUUGUAUGUCGCUAUGGGGUUCCCGAAAGGAUCAUUACUGAUAAUGGCACGAAUUUCAACAGCAAGAUGGUGAACGAUUUAUGUGAGCAGUUCAAGAUCAAGCAUCAUAAUUCAUCUCCUUAUCGUCCCAAGAUGAACGGGGCUGUUGAGGCAGCUAACAAAAAUAUCAAGAAAAUCAUCCAGAAGAUGACAGAGAAUUACAAAGAUUGGCAUGAAAAGCUUCCUUUCGCUUUAUAUGGGUACCGGACUUCUGUGCGUACAUCCACUGGUGAAAGUCCUUUUGCUUUAGUAUACGGGACAGAGGCUGUUCUUCCCAUUGAAGUAGAGAUCCCCUCGAUAAGAGUAGUGGUGGAAGCCAAUUUAGAUGAGACGGAGUGGGUCCGAACUCGUUAUGAACAUCUAAAUUUUAUUGAAGAGAGAAGAUUAGGGGCACUUUGUAGAGGACAGCUUUAUCAAAGACGAAUGAUAAGAGCACAUCACAAGAGGGUGCGCCCUCGUUGUUUCAGAGAAGGGGAUUUAGUACUAAAGAUGAUUCAGCCACCUCAAAAAGAUCACCGUGGGAAAUGGACUCCUACCUACGAGGGACCAUAUGUGGUGAAGAAAGCAUUCUCUGGUGGAGCAGUAAUUUUGGCAAGGAUGGAUGGAGAUGAUUUGCCUCACCCAGUAAAUGUUGAUGUUCUCAGGCGUUAUUAUGCUUAA